AUGGGCCCUGGUCCGACAUCUGAGCAACUGAAUGAUCACUACCGGCGAAUGCAAGCCUGGGACGUUCGCAAGGGCAUCGAGCCAACAUUUAUUUCCAAAUCCAUGUUCGAUUCUUAUUGGCCUCAGACAUAUGACGGCCUCAAAAAGAUUAUCGAAGAUCCAAAGACACGUCCAACCAUGAUUGUGGCAGAUUUCUUCGUGGAAGCUGCCAAUGAUAUGCAUGUCGAGUAUAACAUACCAAUUGCCAUUGUCUGUCCGAACUGGCCACCGCUACAAUUGCCCUGCCCUUAUAUUCCCGGUCAGCCGGGGUUUCAAUUGCCUGGUACUAUGACCUCAGAAGAUGCUUCAAUGUGGCUACGUUUGAAGAAUGAAAUAAUCAUUUUGCUUGAUUUACCAGCUAUCAUGAGGCUCUUCAGUCGUACUAGACAAAUGCGUGAACAGCAUGGCGUUUUCCGUCCAAUUCACAAGCCCAAGAAGCCGGACUAUCUGAUAUUUGUCAACUCCUUUGUUGGUCUAGAGAUCCCAAGGGACCUACCUCCUACUUGCGCUCCAGUUGGUCCUCUAUUGAGUCCUAUCUGGGAUCCUUUGGAUUCAAAGUGCGAAGGAUUCUUGUACAGUCGCAUAUCCGUUCUUUAUAUUGCUCUUGGCACGCACAUCAUUCUUCCCCAUGAAGAUGUAACCAAAAUUCUGAUUGGAGUGGGUCGUCUGAUGGAGGAAGGACUUGUCGACGGUGUGAUAUGGGCUAUCCCAAAAACAGGCCGGCAUGAUAUCGAUACCAGCCGGCGUUUCAAUACGACGAUCGAAGGUAAAAUGGCGGAUAUUUCGCUGGCAGAUAUGCUAGCAAACAAGCACCCUGACUGGAUGUUCCCUUUUUUUGCUCCACAGCGUGCCAUCCUCGACCAUACGUCUACGAGGCUCUAUUUUACCCACGGUGGCGGUUCUAGUGCAAACGAGGCCCUUUAUCACGGAAAACCGAUGCUUUCCAUGGGAAUAUUCUUCGACCAGACCGCCAAUACAACAAGGCUUGUGGCAGGCGGUGUUGCCGAGUCUCUCGACAAAUUCACAUUUACGUCCGAUGAGAUUUAUAUGAAAUCGAAGAAGAUUCUUGACUCCGGGGAAGAGGGACUUUACGGACAGAAUGUACUACGUCUCCAACGUAUCGCCCAUGUUGCAGCGCGUCGGAAAAGCCACGCUGCAGAUCUGAUAGACGAGGCGAUGUAUGACAAUGAGCUACGAUUCGAUCAAAACGGCAGAGAACUACGUCCGAUGCAUCUGCAGACGGCAGACUCACGCAUGUCUGCAUGGAAAGCCAAUAAUUGGGAUCUUUGGACUGUUAGUGCUUUUGGUUUGGUGGUUGUAGUGGGAUCAAUGGGAUUUGUGGCAAAGCAAUUUUGGAACCAUCGAGAGUUUAUGGUCGGUAAACUACUUAGACUACACUGUCUCGUUUCUGGGGGAUGGAGGAUUGUCGAAACGAAUCUUGUCAACCAAAAUAUUUAG